UUGAAUUUCAGUAAGAAGACGUGCCUAUAUAGCCUACAUGAAAAAUAUUCAGCGAAAUUCGUUCCGUUUGCUGGUUACAUGAUGCCCGUUCAAUAUGCCAACUUUCCAAUCACCGAAUCAAGCAUUCAUACUAGAAAACAUGUUAGCAUUUUUGAUGUGUCGCAUAUGUUGCAAAGUUAUAUAAUAGGCAAAGACUGCAUAAAUUUUAUUGAAUCGUUAACAACAGCAGAUAUUAAAGGAUUAAAGGAGAAUCAAGGAUGUUUGUCAGUAUUUACAAACGAGAAAGGUGGUAUUAAAGAUGAUUUAAUUGUCACAAAAGUUAACAAUGAAUUUAUUUACAUGGUUACAAAUGCUGGUUGUAUUGAUAAGGAUUUGCCAUAUCUGUUGGAGAAAUCGGCUGAGUGGCGGAUUAAAGGAAAGGAUGUAAAGAUACGACCCUUAGAAGGACGUGGAUUGGUUGCUGUGCAAGGCCCAGAAAUGUCUCAACUUUUGAAAUAUAGAACCAGUAUUGAUUUAGCUGAUCUAAAUUUUAUGCAUUCUGCCGUCGGUGAGGUUUGUGGCAUUCGUGACUGUCGUAUCACUCGAUGUGGAUAUACCGGUGAAGAUGGAAUCGAAAUAUCAGUGGAUGCUAAGUAUGCAAACGAAUUGGUUGAAGGGUUAUUAAGUUCGAAAGAUGUUUCUGUUCGAUUGGCUGGUCUUGGUGCUCGUGAUGUGCUUCGUCUAGAAGCUGGGCUUUGUUUAUAUGGAAACGAUAUAGAUGAAAAUACAACUCCUGUUGAAGCUGGAUUAUUAUUUGUUAUCGCCAAACGUCGACGACAGCAAAAAGGUUUCCCUGGAGCUGAUGUCAUAUUAUCACAGAUGGAAAAGAAAAAUGUGGCAAAAAAACGAGUUGGGUUGAUUUCAGACUCUUAUAAUCGUGCACCUAGAAGUCAUAUACCUGUGAUAGAUCCAGUCAGCAAAACUACGGUUGGUUUUGUGACCUCAGGCUGUCCAUCACCUUCACUAAAAAAAAAUAUCGCCAUGGCUUAUGUCGAUAGCCAAGAUGCAACAAUCGGACGAAAUUUAGCUGCUGAUUUCGGCAGCAAGUUAGUGCCUGUGACAAUAACAAAAAUGCCAUUUAUACCCACCACAUAUUAUACAAAAAAGUAG